AUGGCCGCGAACGGGGCAGCGAACGGGGCGGAGGAGCCGAUGGCGGAGGCCAUGGCGGAGCUGAGCAAGAAGCUGGGGCUCUUCGAGCGGGUGCGGCACCUUUGCCAGGCGGUGGACAUCCCCCUGCCGGGGGUGGUGGUGGUAGGCGAGCAGUCCGCGGGGAAGAGCUCGCUGCUGGAGAACAUCUCGGGGAUACAGUUCCCCAGGGCGCAGAACACCUGCACGCGGAUGCCCUGCGUGCUGACGAUGCUCACGGAUCCCAUGAUUCCGGAGCCCUUUGCCAUGGUGUCGAUGGACUCCGGCGCCUUCGAAAGCAAAAGUCGCUGCAAGGUGGCGGAGGUGGAGGGCCGCAUCAAGACGCUCACGGAAGACCACGCGCAGGGGGAGGAGUUCAUUUCUCGCAAGGCCCUUUACGUGCGCGUGGUGCGCCAGUCGGGGCCGCAGCUUGCAUUGAUUGACCUCCCCGGGGUGACCCACAAUGCUGAGAAGAUGAAGGACAUCCACGAGGUGACGGUGCGGCUGGUGGAAGAUUACAUCAAACCGCAAGAGAUGGUGAUUCUCUGCGUCAUCCCCGCCAUGUCGGACUUUGGCAAUGCUGAGGUCAUCAAGCUUGCGCGGAAGUUCGACCCCGCAGGCUUGCGGACGUUGGGGGUGGUCACCAAGUGCGACGACGCGGCGCAAGCUGAGGCCUCCGACAUCGUGGAGAAGGUGCUGAUGACAAGGGACUCCGAUGUUCGCCUUGCUUUGGGCUUUCACUGCGUGGUAAACCGCUCGCAGAAGAACAUCGACGAGGGCAUGUCGCGGACGGAUUUGUGGCAGAAGGAGGUGAAGGUGUUCAGCGACUCCGAACGGCUGCGGACCCUUCCGCCGGAGAACUGGGGCACAUCGCGGCUCAUGGAGAAGAUCGCUUCCGUCCAGGAAGCACGGGUGGAUGAGUGCCUGCCAAAGAUCAAGGAGUCGGUGCGCGCGAAGAUGUUGCAGCUCCGGCAAGAGCUGCGGAACCUGCCGCCGCAGGCAGAGACCGAGGCAGACCAGUUCCGGCUUUUCAACGGCAUCCUUGUUAAGAUCAACGCAGACUUGGAGCAACGGGUGCGGGCAGAGUAUAUCAGCACAGAAGCGUGCGACCGGGACCUUGCAAUCGCUCCGAAGGUGGCCCUCAUGGUGCAAACCUUUCGACAGAAGCUGUUCGCUGCGAACCCAGAAUGGCUGGGGCAAGACAUGAUCGACGAGGUUACCGAUACUGUGGAGACCUUUGUGCAUGGCUACACGGUUGACAACCUCACUGGCCCUCAGGUGUUCAUCAACCUCGUCAAGCGCAUUUUCGUGGAGGAUGGGCUCCUCCAGGGAGAGGUAGCGGAUCUAAUUGACCGUGUCGCGAAGCACUUGGGAAAGGUGGUAUAUCACCUCAUCGAGCAGCAUGCGGACUUGAACAACGUCGUUGCGGCCCGCUUGGCCUUGAAAGCUGACGACGUGAUCGAUCGGUUGACCUCCAAAGCCACGGGGUUCUGCGACGCACUGGCGCGAGCGCAGGCCGUGACUUCCACCACCCACGGGGCCUACAUGGUGAAACUUACCCAGUUUCGCAAGUCCUGGGUCCAGGAGGGCGCGCAGCGCCUUCAGGAGAUCUUGAUGCACGUCCUCUCACCCGGGGGCUACGGGGAAGGACCCAGCGACGCCAGCGAGAAGGGAGCGCUGACCCCAGAGUUCGUGGCUAUGGUGAAGGCGGCACCGGCGGAGCCCCAGAAGCUCGCCAUCCUUGAGAUUUGCGCCUCCUUGCACGUGUACACAGGGAACAUGAUCGAAGGCUUCGUAGAGAUGGCAGCCAAGCUUGUGAAGUUCUACAUGGUCGAGGAGCUGGGCAAUGAGCUUCAGGAGUCCUGGCGGAUGGAUCUGGGGGGCAGCAAGUUGCACGAGCUGUUCCCCAAGGAUGUGCGCCUGGUGCAAAGGAGGGAUCACAUCAAGCAGAUGACGGAUGGUCUGGCCGAAUUUAUGGAGCAGCUGUCCACCUUAAGGAUUGCCUGUAUUGCGACGCCCAAGAAUGUGCGCAGGACUUAUGCGCAAAGGGCAGCGGAAAAGGUGAGCACGCAAGAUGAGGCCAAGAAAGCAGAGAUGGACCAACAGCGUUCACAUGGUUGCAGAAGAGCCCGUGCGACAGCGCAGGGGCAGAAGGAAUUGGGCGAGGCGGAAGACGAAGAGAAUGAGGACGAAGAGGAGAAAAGGCAAAGGAAGGAAGCGGAAAUGAAAAAGGAGAGGGCGAAGGAGGUUGAGCCAACGUCCGAAACGACUGCGCCAAAGGCUGCAGCGAAAAGCCCCGCAGCAGCGAAAGCCGCAAGGGCCGACAAAGCUGACAAGGCCACAAAGGAGACCUUGCCAAUAGCAUUGAUUUUUCCAGGGGAAGGCGGUGAGUAUGUCAACAUGUUGGAUGGCGUGAAGGACAACGCAGAGGUGAAGGAGAUGCUUUCCCAGGCCAAAGAAAUUUUGGGAUAUGACCUCUUGGAUAUGUGCCUGAAGGGGCCAGCGGACAAGCUGGCUGAAAUCAAGUACUGCCAGCCGGCCAUGUUUGUUGGGGGCCUCGCUGGCAUUUGCAAGCUGAAGUUCCAGAACAAGGCCGCGGCAGAGCAGCCGCGGUGCAUGGCUGGACUAUCCGUGGGCGAGUACACGGCGUUGUGCGCAGCGGGAGUGCUGAGCUUUGAGGACGGCCUGCGGUUGGUGAAGCUGCGUGGGGAGGCCAUGCAGGAGGCUGCCCAGGUGGGGAAGCAGGCAAUGCUGUCGGUGGCUGGGUUGGAGCAGCAGGUGCUGGAGCAGUGCUGCGCGGAUGCAGAAAAGCAGGAGCCUGGCAGUGUGUGCCGCAUCGCCUUCGUCCUCGCUCCCAAGUUCUUCUGCUGCGCGGGCACAGAAAACGCGGUGAGCAAGCUGAAGACUUUGGCGGACAGCAAGGGCGCACUGCAAGCCAGGAUGGAGAGCGGCAGUGCCUACAACACCUCCCUCAUGCAGCCCGCGCAGGGGAAGCUGGAGAAAGCCCUGCAGGAGGCUUUCCCCAAGAUGAAACCGCCCAGCUGCGAUGUCUACAUGAACGUCACCGGUCAGCCCCUGCCUGCCGGGACGGACCCCAAAGUCAUCCUCAGGCUCUUGCAGAAACAGCUCACCAGCCCCGUCCUGUGGAACCCGAUCAUUGAGAAGAUGAUCCAAGAUGGGGUCACGGAAGUUUACGAGUGCGGGCCGCUGAGCCAGCUGAAGGGCCUGAUGCAGCAAAUCAACGCCCAGAUGUGGAGCAAGACAUUUUCCAUGGAGAUUUGA